UCCCAUUGAAAAACAGCUGAGGAUCCGAAAGGAAGGGGUUGUGUGAAAGAAGUGGGACAGUGAAGCAGACAAAAGAAGCUGCGGCUGCGUGAAUGUCGCACUAUUGCUGGCCAUCCACUUCGUUUCUUUAUUAUUUUCAUCAGCAAAACACAUCCAGAGUGCGGGAGCACUGAAGGCCGAGCGCCUGCAUUCUGAUAUUUCGCGGUGCGUCUUACCGAAGGACUCGAUACAACACCGGACUGGGCGCAUCGUAAUAUUGCGCGAUAAAGCAGAACAAAGGGAGUCUCGAGCGAGGAAUGAGCGAGCCGAGUCUGGCGCCGCUGAAGCAGGACCAAAUGUUCUUGUGAGAGCCGUAAAAGGCACAAAAACUCCUCUGAAACAACAUUUAACAACACUGGAAGACCUUCGAACCGCAGCAAACUCGCUAUUCACAAUGUUUCCACAGAAUCGACCCCCGGCACCUCUGCAGCCACCACCCGGGGCCUCGGCUUCAGCUGCAGCAGCUGCCGCAGCAGCAGCAUCGGGGUCAUCCCAAUCUCUGAAACUCACCUACCCUGAGACCCUUGACCGCAUAAAGGAGGAGUUCCAGUUCCUACAGACCCAGUAUCACAGUCUGAAGUUGGAGUGUGAAAAGCUGGCCACAGAGAAGACGGAAAUACAGAGACAUUAUGUCAUGUACUAUGAAAUGUCCUAUGGCCUAAACAUAGAGAUGCACAAACAGACUGAGAUUGCCAAACGGCUAAACGUGAUCUGUGCCCAGCUCAUUCCAUUCCUGUCACAGGAGCACCAGCAGCAGGUGGUCCAGGCCAUGGAACGCGCCAAACAGGUGACUAUGGGGGAGUUGAAUGCUUCGAUAGGGCAACAGCUGCAGGUUCAGCAUCUUUCCCAGCAUGCCGCCCAGGGGCUGCCCAUGGCCCCUCACCCCUCCGGACUGCCUCACCCGGGCCUGGCUCUGGGGGGCGGCUCUGGGCUGCUGGCCCUUUCCGGGGCCCUUGGGGCCCAGCUGGCCUCUAAAGAUGAGAGAGCCCAUUUGGAGGCCGUGGCAGCGGCAGCGGCUGCCGCAACUGAGCACCACAGAGACUGGCCGCGGGGACGUUUACCUGCCCUUUCCAUGAUCCCUACAGACCGUGAACCUGGACCAAGUUCCCUCUCAAAUGGAGACAAAGGCAGGCCUUCAGACUACCUCAGCAACGGCAAAAAGAGAAAAGCAGAUGAGAAGGAGUUUAUGACAGACUACGGCAGUGACGCGGAGAAGAGCGAUGAUAAUUUGGUUGUUGAUGAGGACCCUUCUUCUCCACGCAGCGUACAGUCAUACUCCUCCAGAGAGAAUGGAUUGGAUAAACUCCCAGCUUCCCGUAAGGAGCCUCUGCCCCAGGUCAGUCCGACCUCACUGGCUUCCUCCAGCAGCGCUGCUUCCCCCUCACGCAGCAAGGAGCCUCCACCGAGAGAGAAGUCCAGCACUCCAGGCAUGAAGCCCGGCACGCCCAUGUCCCAGGAGUCGUCCACACCAGGCCCCAGCGUUCCUCCACAGUUUCGCCCUGUCCCUGGUAAACCCGGGGUUGACCCUCUUGCAUUAGGUUUGAGGAAUCCAUUGGCAGUGCAGGGCGCGUACCCCCCAGGUGCAUUCGGUCUGCCUCCUCCCGGAGUUAAUGGGGAGUUGGCUGGAGCCGCAGGAUAUGGUGCUGGUUUCCACAUUGUCUCACCUCAAAUGAACGGGUCGGCCGCUGCUGCUGCCGCCGCCGCUGCAGCCGCCGCAGCUGGAUACGGACGCUCACCUGUGGUGGGCUACGAGUCUCCGCAUCCCCAUAUGAGAGUCUCAGGGUUACCUGCGAGUCUGCAGUCUGCUGCUUCUGGAAAACCUGCAUACUCAUUCCAUGUGAGUGCAGAUGGUCAAAUGCAGCCGGUGCCCUUCCCUCCUGAUGCCCUCCUCGGCCCUGGCAUCCCGCGGCACGCCCGUCAGAUCCACACCCUCAGUCAUGGAGAGGUGGUGUGUGCGGUCACCAUCAGCACCUCCACACGUCAUGUCUACACCGGUGGGAAAGGAUGCGUCAAAGUUUGGGACAUCAGCCAACCGGUCAGCAAGAGCCCCAUGGCCCAACUCGACUGUUUGAAUAGAGACAACUACAUCCGCUCAUGCAAGCUCCUCCCAGAUGGGAGGACCUUGAUAGUUGGAGGUGAAGCCAGCACGCUAUCAAUCUGGGAUUUGGCCACGCCCACCCCUCGCAUUAAGGCCGAAUUAACGUCAUCGGCUCCGGCCUGCUACGCUCUGGCCAUCAGUCCAGACAACAAGGUCUGUUUCUCUUGCUGUAGUGACGGAAACAUCGUGGUCUGGGAUCUACACAACCAAACGCUUGUCAGGCAGUUCCAGGGCCAUACAGAUGGAGCCAGUUGUAUCGACAUCUCUAACGAUGGGACCAAACUGUGGACGGGGGGUCUGGACAACACCGUGCGCUGCUGGGACCUGAGAGAGGGCCGACAGCUCCAGCAGCACGAUUUCACCUCACAGAUCUUUUCUCUGGGUUACUGUCCUACGGGAGAGUGGCUUGCAGUGGGGAUGGAGAGCAGUAAUGUGGAAGUGCUGCACGUGUCCAAACCAGACAAAUACCAGCUGCAUCUUCAUGAGAGCUGCGUUCUUUCGCUCAAGUUCGCCUAUUGCGGUAAAUGGUUUGUGAGCACAGGCAAAGAUAAUCUACUGAAUGCAUGGCGAACUCCGUAUGGAUCAAGCAUAUUCCAGUCCAAGGAAUCGUCCUCCGUUCUCAGCUGCGACAUCUCCCCUGAUGACCAGUUUAUUGUCACUGGCUCAGGAGACAAGAAAGCUACUGUGUAUGAAGUCAUUUACUAAACUGAAUGUGUUUGGAUCGCUGUUCAUUAAAAGAAAAACUGAUUGACGGAGGAGAGAAGGUUCAUCGUUAUUUUGCCUCUGAAUUGGGAGACAGAAGUUGUGACAUGGACUUGAAAGACAGCUAAACUUUUUGUUUUAUUCCGCUUGGAACGACAGACUCCAGGAUCAGAUGGUCGAUCUCCAGAUCUGACCUUGUUGUUUUUUUUAUGCCGUGAGAAAGCUGGUAGUCUAGCUUCAAAAACAUGGGAUUUCUCCAAAGACCUCCUUUUUAUCUUCUUGUCCUAAUUUCUUUUCUUUUUUUAAACAAAAUGAAACCUCUGUAGCGAAUAUAAUAGUAAAAGAAAUCUUAUUUUUAUAGCCUUCGGAAUUUUCAUGGAAAUGGACAGUUAUGGAGCCGCAUUGUAUGAAUGCAUUAUGAUGAGACUUAAAGGACUGGCCUAAGACUUCUUUAUUGAUAAAGCCCAUACUGAUUUUCUAAAAGCUACCCUCAUCUUGAUCUUUUUGUUAUGACUGUAUGGAUGUUGUUUAAGAUGAUGGGAUCUUGGACCACAAGGUUCUGGAUUUUAGUGUUUCAGUGACAUCAGGGAAAUGGCUGUAAAGACGCUCAGUUAAGGUCCUGUCACAUGUAUACUGUAUGUUGGAGCAUGUUGAAAAUUAUUUUGACUGUUUGAUCACAAACUCGGUAUGUAUGAAUUGUAAAUAAAGCUCUUUAAA